CACUCCGCGCGGUCCGCCCGUCGUCUCCCGCGGCGACAAAACGAAAAUAACUCAAAUUAACAUUACUCACCAAUAAUUAUAACCAUAAGUGAUAAAUAAAACGCGCCAUUUCUGUCGCCAUUUUGUUUAUGUCAAUUUUUAGCGGGGACGACGUAACGCGAUGAAAUUGUCAGUUCGAAAUUUGAAAAAAUAGUGCGUUUCGGAUACACGGUGUGGAAUUUUGUGCACCGAAUUAAAGGAUUAACAAAAGGAUUCUUGUCAACAAGAUUCCAUAACGAAUCGCACAUCGAAAGACACAUCGUAAAGGCGAAAGACCGCGGGCGUUCGAGACAGUACCCGAAACUACGAGCCGGUGGCGUCUAACAUGGCGUCCACCGACACAUCGACCUCCAGCCAACAAAGCACAGCCCCAGAAGACCACAAGCGGACCUUCGACGACGCGUUCCUCAACAGACUGAAAGCUCUCCUCGAAAGGUUGCGACUUGACAAUGCCAACUUGAAGAAAGCUCUCGACUCCGAGCGGGGCGAAGUCCGAGCGUUGAAAGCCCAGAACGAAAGCACAAUCAGACACCUUAAGACUGAAUACAAAAAGAAAGAAGAAUUCUUAGAAAAACAAUUAAGAACAUGUUCUAUAAAACCGGAGAAGUUAGAAGAUAGUCAAUUAAGUUGCAAUAAAAUUAUCGAAUUGAAACGAUUAACGACAGAGAUUCAGUCUUUGAAAGCAGCGAAUAAGGGCCUUCAAGAGAAACUCAAGGUGGCGCAGGCGGCGGAAUGCGCGCGCGCUGCGGAGCUUCGGGCGCAGUGUGCGAAGCACGCGGCGGCGGAACACGUAGCGAGAAGAGAUGCUCGCGCGCAGUGCCAUAAGCUGCUGGAGGAAAUCAAAUCGAAAGAGCGAGUGAUAGCACAGCUGCGACGGGAGGCGGCGCGGGCGACGGCCUCGCAGAACGAACAGGCGCAAAGAAUGGAGUGUGGCUCCACCGAAUUAGGUAGAAAGCCACGUGGUGACCGUGAGGUUAAAGAAAAGAGCAACCGUGAAGAUCUGAAAACUGAUAUACAGCACAGAAAAGAAACAUUUUAUAGGGAGGCGCCUUCGGACGAGGAUUCCGCGGUUUCCUCCGCGCCCGCCUCCCUCUCCCCGCAGCCGCACGCCGACAUGUGGACGUGUGGCGAGUGCCGGGUAGCGGCGACGCGCGCGGCGGCUGCGGCGGCGGAGAGCGCGCGGCUUGCGGACGCGCUGCGCGACGCGCGCGACCAGCUCGAACUAAUGGAGUUCCGUCUGCUUGAGCUAGAAGACGCACACCCGGAGAAGGGUGCUAGGGACAACCUAACCGACUCGGAUUCGGGCUGCGUGUCCCCCGGCUCCCGGAUAAAGGACUCCGCGUCGCCGGAACUCAAGCGAAUGGAUUCAGGGUACAAGUCCCCUCAGGUGCCAAGCAGCCCCUGCAACCCACGACGGCACCUCGCCACCCCACACGAUGACUUCAAGGAGGACUUCGCUAAAGCACAAGUCCUGGCGGAAAUCCUGGACAGGAACUCCGAGACCAGUGACUCGUUGAGAAGCAACCCAGUGAAGGAUCAUUUGGAGCAGAUGAUAUUGAAUGCCGCCUCGCCGGAGGACAGAGGCUGCUUGGAGCAGGUUUUAAUGCUGUUGUACAACUACCAAGCCCUUAGCAGUUCUGUCAGUGAAGAUGAAUGUUAUCAGACGAAACCAAAAAGAAUCAGCGAUCUGAAAACAAAACAAGAAACAGACAGUCCAUUGCACAAAACCCAUAAAGCGAUCGCAACAGUUACACCGUACCAGCAGAAAGGCAAGAGUGAAUCACUCGAAAGCCUUUGCAUAGAGGAGAGGAAACCAAUAAAUUUACUGCAAGAAAGUGGAAUAUUCGAAGGCAUUGAAACUGAAUGCAAAAGUACUCAAACUGACGUCAACGAUAGCUUCGAAUGCAGUGGCGAAUUGAACACUGAAAUACAACGACUGAAUAGUAUUAGAGAGAAAUUAGAGAGGCAAGGAGUUAGAAAUAGGACAUUAAGUACUAAAGAGGACGGGGAAGGACUAGAGUGCAGGUGUGUGAAGUUGGGGAAGAAACACAAACAGUAUUACGAGAGGAGAUUAAAGUUUUUAGAAGGGAAGAUAUCUAUAUACGAAGCGGCGCAGGACGUUAAGGAAGCUAAGCUAGCACAGAGGCUACAGAAAGAGUUUCUACUCGAAAAUAGAAUACAGGAGUUGGAGAGUGAGCUAGGAGAGCUGCAGGACAAGUACGAGCGGCUGGAGGAGGAGUGCUGUGAGCUGGAGGAGAUCGAGAAUGACACGCGAUUGCACUGGCAACAACUAGAGAUGGACUAUGAGUUGUGCACUGCGCAGCUGCGCGACAUGACUGAGCAGCGCGAGUGCUCGCGGGCGCAGGCCGAGCGGCUGAUGGCGGAACUCAGCCAGCGAGAGUGCGCACUUAAGGCCAGAGAGAGCGAGCUGACGUCGCGGCUGCAGGGGCUGGAGCGCGCGGUGCCGGCGCUCAUCGUGUGGAACGUGAUGCAGGCGCUCGACGCGCAGCUCUCACCUAACGGAAAGCGUGUGCUAAUGUCCCGCAUGGGCCCGUUGAGUGAGGACAAGAAGUCGGCCAUCGCCGGUUUCAGGAAGGAGGCGACGAGCGCCGACGCGCUGCUGCCCUACUGCAACCCCUUCACCUCCACUCUGGAGACGCAGAUCAAUCUAUUAUUAGAAGAGAAGAGUGAGUUAGAGAAGAAGGCGAAAGCAGUGAAGGAUUCGUUCGAGAAGAAAGUGAGAGUUCUAGAAGAGCAGCUGGCGAGCGCGCGCCGCCAGCGCAGCGCCGCGGAGUGCGGGGCCGACGUGAAGCGCGAGAGGAUAGAAGAAAGGAUAGAGCAGUUGGAGAAGAAAGUAAAAGAAGAGAAGGAGGCUGCCAGUAAGCCGAUGGACGUGGGCACGAGCGCGCGGCUGCAGCAGCUGGCGGCCAGCGAGCAGGAGCUGCGCGCGCGCGUGGCGGAGCUGGAGCGGCGCGAGGCGGCCUACCUGGAGAUGCUGGCGCAGGCCGACGACAUGUGGGCCGAGAUGGAGGGCGGCUACAAGAAGAGGAUACAGGACUCCCGCGCCACGGAGACGCACCUCAAGGGAACGAUAAAAAAAUUAGAGAGUGAGAAGGAGCAGAACAAGAAGAGUAUAGAGCCGCUAAAGAAGAAGCUGCGAGAGGUAGAAGAGUCGGAGUCCGCGCUGCGCAUCUCGCUGGAGAAGUCUGAGCGGGACGCGCGCGCGCUGCGGGCGCACAACGCCAGCCUCAGCGCCGCCUGCACUAAAGCAGAGAUAGACGCGAGCAAAUCUGAAGCCGCUUUUAAAGCUCUUGAUGCCAAAUUUAAGAGGGAGAUAGACCAACUGCGCAGAAUGAACAAGCAGUUGGACGAGGAUUUAAAGAGUCACAAAGAAGUGUCGCGCAAGUCCGAGGUCAGCUUCAUUGGGGACCUGGACUGCAUCAGGAAAGAACUGAACAGAGCGUGCAAGAACAACCAAGAACUAGAAGUGACUAAUAGUGAAUUGAGGGAGGAGGUGGAAUCUCUGGAAAAGCAGCUAGCGUUAACACAGAAAGCUCUCAGUCAGUGCAAGAGGAAAUGCGAUGAAAAACUAAAAACAUUAAGCCACGAAUUGUCAAUAAAAACAGAGGAACUGGAAGAGAUGAGAAGCGAAUCUAUGAGGCAAUUCCACGCGUCCAGAGUGGAUCUGAAGCCGGAGAGAACUGAAUACGUGGACGAAGGCUAUUCGAUAUACAAUGCUGUACCAAAGAAGACUGAUUACGGAAGAAUGCACCAUAGCAUGAGCUUCAUAACGUCGGAAUCGCGUUGCAGCUGCCCCGCGAUGAGGAGUCAACUGGUCGGACAAUUGAUAGAGGAUCUAUUUGAUAGAAUGCAUAAUACGACAGACGAUGAUUUAAGUACAUUGUGUGAGGAGAUAGGGUCUACUGAAGUGACUGUGGAUACUAAAGCCAAGAUCACCAAUUAUCUUCUGAUGGCGAUCUCCAAGGAGCUCAUCAGAUCGAUAGGAGACGCGGAUGCGAAGACCGAAACAGAGGAAUGGCGACGUGGUCUGACGUCACAGUCGGGUAGUGUGCGGGGCGGCGCGGGGGCGGCGGGGGUGGCGGGGAACGCGGGCGUGGUGCGCGGCGCGGCGCGCCUCGCGAGCGUCAGUUGCGCGUGCGCCGCGGCACGGCUUUGUGCUGCCGCGCCUGCGCUCGCUGAUACUGUCAACGUCUGUCAGGAGGAAGUUUUAGAGCAUGGAGACGUUAAAAUAAUGGAGGAGCAACUAGCGAACGCCAUAGAGAAUAUUGUUAAUUGUCCGUCGUGUGCGUUGGGUACAAACUCAAUAGUUUGGAGCACGGACGUAUAGCGUCGUACUUCUUGUUGUGUGUUUAUCUCCACCGACCUCAAUCUGGUGCCUUCGUAGUGUAGCGUGUGUAAAUACUGUACCAUACUGAGCUAACUCUACGUCAUAUCCGAUAGUUAUCGAAUUAUUUAUAUAAGCUGUAGCGCAUAUCGAACAAAUCGUACCUUCAUAUCGAUUUUAAGUCGAAUUUUAAAUGUUUCUCGGAUUUUUUUCUAAUUGUAACUUUCCGUGCCAAUUGUUUUGACAUUAUGUAAAUAACAUGUUAUUUUAUCUGUGAAACAUUUUUAUUUUUUAAUAACGAAUCGAAUGAUUGUAAUUC